AUGCGGCGCUCGUGGGCGUCGCGCACCGUUCGAAGGACCGCACGGCUGUCUUCCCUUCACAUCUCCAACUCGGUGAGCGAGGAGAAGGCGAAAUGGGAGCAGAAGCAAAAGGAGGCAGCCGAGAAGGGUUUUGCACGUCGUAACAGCGCCGAUGACAGGGUACUCAUGAGUCAGCUCUUCAAGGCUCCUGAGAGCGUCAGCGGCGGCGUCGCGGUGGCCAACCUCCCGCCAAAGCAGCGCGAGAGGACCGAUUUUGACGCCUACCGGCUCUCAACCACCGACUUCACCUCUCUCGUUACGCCGCACGGAGCGCCGAGCAAAAGUGGGCUCGGCGCUGGUUUUGGUGUCAAAGAAGACAAGCGACUCCGGUUCCUGCGGCCGUGGCAGCCGUACACCGGGUCGGCCUCGAUUGUGCCCAAGUUCGACGAAAACGGCCUGCCCAUUGACGAGGUCCUCACCCCUGAGCAGAGGAUACAAAAGCGAAAGGAGUACAUGAAGAACAUUGAGGGCAUCACCAUGAGCGCCAGGGAGCACUUUUUACUCGUGGACCUUGACUUCCAGAAGGAUGCGAUGCUAUUUGGCGACACGCGCGAGGAGUUUGAGCGCAACGUGACAAAGCUCAAGCAUGUCAUCAUCGCCUAUAACAAGUGGGAGUGGACGGAUAACUUCUACUACUACAUGACGGUGCUGCUGAAGCUGCUCACGGUGUGGGCACUUAUGGAAUCUCUCCAGCAGUUCUACGAGCUACGCCUCUUCGCUUCUCACUACGACGACUUUGUCGAGGCUAUAGAGGCGGACAUAGCCGCGCUGGAGCUAAAGCGAAAGGCGGACUUUAAAGAUGCUGCGGAAGAGCUGCGCCGUCACAAGCCGGAUUUCAAAUCCGUACUGGAGGCCAUUGCGCGUGAGCGUGACAGCCUCGCCGACCUGAAGACACGGGCUGCAGAGGAGGAGCUGCGUGAAAAGGAGGCGAGGACAGAAGAACAGACGAGACCUAGUGGAAGCGGGGUGGGCUAUCUGGUGUGGGAGGCUUUGAGAGUGAACAGGGGCUGCGCACUGACAAAGGUGGAGCCGGUCCCCAUGGUGUCGGCUCUCGACGUCAAGAACCCGAGCGCAUCGCAUCCGAUGGACACGACUUUUGAGGAGCGCCACAACGAGCGGCGGCGCAAGGCCGACGAGGCGCGUGAAAUGCAGCGUCUGGCCGCGCUCACUGGAAACUCUGCUCAAGAUGGCAUCUGGACACAUGUGUGGAAUCGCAUUACCGGGCUUUUUCAUGCCCAGCAGCACCUGCGGCUCGAGGAGGUGGCGCAGUACUCGUACGCGGCAAGUCCCUCCAGUAUCCCUUCCAUCCGUGCGCUGCGCCGCAUUCUGUUGCCACGCUCUGAGGACAUGGUGCAGAUUGUACGGGAAGAGAUGCUGGCCUACAGGCAGGAAAAGGAGCAGCGGUACGCGCACCCGCUGUAG